AUGAUACAUGAAUACAAACAUGUUUUAAUCGAAAUUUUACAAAUUAGUACAUUAACCAACAAAGAAAUAUGUGGUUUAGCAUUCAAUUGUGUAAAACAGUCAGAUAUUCCUAUGUUAAAGUGGAACGUAACAUUUCCAGAUAAACCGAAGCCAGAUCCAAUUCCUCCUUUGCCACCUUCUCCCAGCGCUCCAACAACAAAUGUGUUACAUUUAACUGACCUUCAUAUUGACUUUGAAUAUACGCCAGGAUCGAACGCUGAAUGUGGUCGACCAUUGUGUUGUCGAUCGGGAUCGCCAUCUGUCCUUGCCACGGGAGCAGGUUAUUGGGGAGAUUAUCGAACAUGCGAUUUACCUUUGUGGACAGCAGAGGCAAUAUUUAAUUACAUCGCAAGAAACGAAGAAUUUGACAUUAUUUAUUUUACCGGCGACUUGCCACCUCACAACAUCUGGAAUCAAUCUUAUGAAGAUCAAUUGUAUUCUCUUAAUAGAAUAACUGAUAUGUUGGCCACAAUAUUUCCGAAUAAAAAGUUCUAUCCAGCUGUAGGUAAUCAUGAAGCUUAUCCCUCCGAUUUAUUUCCUACCUCGAACAUUAAAUCAGACAACAUUUCAUGGUUAUACGACGCACUAGCUAACAAAUGGAUUAAUCAACUUGGCUUACCGAAUGAUACACGUUCGGAUAUAUCAUUGGGCGCAUAUUAUACAACACUUAUUAAACCUGGUCUACGACUUAUUUCAUUGAACACAAAUUAUUGUACACAAUAUAAUUAUUGGUUAUUUAUUAGUUCAAAUGAUCCACUCAAUCAGUUACAAUGGCUUAUUCAAUGGUUACAAUAUGCUGAAGAUAACGAUGAAAAAGUGCACAUUAUUGGACAUAUUCCACCUCCUUCUUGUUUAGCCGUUUAUAGUUGGAACUAUUAUAAAAUAAUUAACCGAUAUGAGAAUACCGUUACUGGUCAAUUCUUUGGUCAUACACAUAAUGAUGAAUUUAUGAUAUUUUACGAUGAACUGACAAUGAAACGUCCAGUUUCUGUGGCUUACGUAGCACCAUCAUUGACAAGUUAUUCUUCAAUGAAUCCUGGCUAUCGUAUGUAUUCAAUUGAUAUGUCAAAUACAUCCUACGUUGUCGAUCAUCGAACAAACAUUCUAAAUUUAACUGCCACAAAUUGGUUUAAUAAAACUGUCUUUCUCGAAGAAUAUUCAGCUAGAAAUGCUUAUAACAUGACAAAUCUGUUCCCAAACGAUUGGAAUGAUCUUGUUGAAAGAAUGCAAAGGGAUAUUGAUGGAUCGUUAAUCGAACGUGCUUAUCAAUAUUUUACAAAAUCUUUUGUUAACGGACAAUGUGAUCGUCCAUGUCGAUUGAAUUUGAUCAAUUGCCAUUUUAAAACGGCGCGAUCGGAAGAUACAACGUUUUGCACUACCGAAAAAAGACACUAG